AUGGAGGAGGGCUAUGAACUUGACCUGACUUACAUCACUGAGCGGAUCAUUGCUGUAUCCUUCCCUGCCAGCUGUUCAGAGGAAACAUAUGUGCACAACCUGCAAGAUGUAACCCGAAUGCUCAAAUCCAAACAUGGAGAUAAUUACCUGGUGUUAAACCUUUCUGAAAAAAGAUAUGACCUUACCAAGCUUAACCCAAAGAUUAUGGAUGUGGGUUGGCCUGACCUUCAUGCACCUCCCCUUGAUAAGAUGUGCACCAUCUGCAAGGCUAUGGAAUCAUGGUUGAACAGCGACCCUCAGCAUGUGGUGGUGAUCCAUUGCAGAGGUGGAAAAGGAAGGAUAGGAGUAGUGAUAUCAUCAUAUAUGCACUUCACCAAUGUUUCUGCCAGCGCUGAUCAGGCUCUAGACAGAUUUGCUAUGAAGAAAUUCUUCGAUGAUAAAGUUUCAACUUUAAUGCAGCCAUCCCAAAAAAGAUAUGUGCACUUCUUAAGUGGCCUUCUGUCUGGAUCUGUGAAAAUGAACACGACCCCACUCUUCCUGCACUUUGUCAUCCUUCAUGGCAUCCCAAGCUUUGAUGCUGGAGGAGUUUGUCGGCCCUUUCUAAAGAUCUACCAGGCUAUGCAGCCAGUUCAUACAUCAGGAAUAUAUAGUGUAGGGCCAGAAAAUCAAAGCAGAAUCUGCAUUGCUAUUGAGCCAGCCCAGCUAUUGAAGGGAGAUAUUAUGCUGAAGUGUUAUCACAAAAAAUAUCGAUCGGCCACCCGUGAUGUCGUUUUCCGCCUGCAGUUUCACACAGGUGCCGUUCAGGGCUAUGGUCUGGUAUUUGGCAAAGAGGACUUGGACAAUGCUAACAAAGAUGACCGCUUCCCUGAUUAUGGGAAAAUUGAAUUGGUUUUUUCAGGAACCCCAGAGAAAAUCCAAGGAUGUGAACGCCUGAAGAAUGACCAUGGAGUGAUAGUUGACUACAAUACCUCAGAUCCACUAAUCCGCUGGGAUUCCUACGAAAACAUGAGCCCUGAUGGUGAAGUGCUCCACACCCAGGGUCCUAUUGAUGGCAGUCUUUAUGCUAAAGUGAGAAAGAAGAGCUCUUCAGAUACUAGCAUCCCCAGUGGAGCCCAGGGGGUUCCUGUGAUCAGCAGCCCUGAUCACAGUGACCAUACUCUAUCUGUCAGCAGUGAUUCAGGACACUCAACAACUUCUAUAAGGACGGACAAGACCGAGGAGCAUCCAGCACCGGGAAUCAAACGGGGCUUGAGCCCACAAGAGAAGGCAGAGCUGGACCAGCUACUUAGUGGCUUCGGCCUAGAAAACUCAGUCAGUCCCCUCAAGGAUAUGACUGAUGCCCAAAGCAAGUACAGUGGGACUCGCCACAUAGUGCCAGCUCAGGUUCAUGUGAAUGGACACACCAAACUGAAGGAUAGGGAGACAGAUAUUCUGGAUGAUGAGAUGCCCAGCCAUGACCUUCACAGUGUGGACAGCAUCGGGACACUGUCCUCCUCUGAAGGGCAGCACUCAGCCCACCUUGGAAACUUCAGCUGCCACAAGAGCAGUCAGAAUUCGCUGCUCUCAGAUGGCUUUGGAAGCAACACUGGAGAGGACCACCACAGUGCUCUGGCUCCUGACCUGGGAAUAGGUGUGGACCCCCUGUAUGAGAGAUCAUUUGGAAGUGGUGAGCCUAAGCAAUCCCAGCAGCUGCAAAGGAAUCCUCCUGUUUCCGCUCAGCCUCAGGCUUAUGGCCCUAGUAACUACUCUACCCAGACUUGGGUGCGCCAACAGCAGAUGGUCACUGCUCACCAAUACACCUACUCCCCCGAGAGUGAAGUAAGGCUUGGCAUUCCUAGCACUGUAGAGAAUUCAGGCAAUGUGCAGAGCCAGCCCAGAAUCCCUGACACACCCACCCGGGGAUCCAGCAGCAGAGACGCUGUGCAGCGGGGGAUAGGGGCUGUGCCAAGUUCCAGUGAAGUAGCAGAACACCCAGUGCCCGAGGCUUUUAAAUCCAGAUUAGUAGCUGAGAAAGACACAAAUGGCCUGGCUUUAGGAGUGAAUGCUGAGGACCUGCCAUCCUCUCCUACUCUGGAUAUCGACCAGUCAAUUGAGCAGCUGAAUCGGCUGAUCUUGGAACUGGACCCUACAUUUGAACCUAUCCCGACCCGCAUUAACACAGUCUCCAGGGACACGAGUCAAGUGAAUGGCUUCACCAGCCCUGAUGGGGAUGUGGGAGGGCUCAGCGUGAGCCCUGGGUUCCGUGAGAAAGGAGAGGUCACAAACAGGAAUCUUUCCCGGCAUGGUUCACCAGGAGACGAGUCAGGGGGAAGAAUAAGGAAGUUAAGUCUUGGACAAUAUGACAAUGAUGUUCCAGGGCAGCCACCAUAUACCAGGUGUGGCUGGAUGAAAUCUACUGCUAUAGACCAAGCUGUAAAUCCAGGAUCACUAAUUGCUGUAGGGGAGACCAAAGAGAUGGAUGUGGCACGUUACCAGGAAGACCUAGAUGAAGUAGACAGGGGAAUCUUCUCACCAACCAAAAAUGGGAAUGAAGCUGUUCCACCAACCCCAGCUUUUCCAGUGUCACCAGAGACACCAUAUGUGAAAUGUCCCCCACAUUACCGCCAAAUGAGUCCAUCUGGCCAACAGAUCAGUAGCCCACCUGAGAUGUACAGAACUGGGCAUGAAUCUCGAAGUUACACGGAAGGCCUUAACCACUCGGUUGUGAUGACUGACAGCACCAUGGGCACCAAUCCCGCUUUGCUGAGGACUGACAUGCAGACAGCUCCUUCGUGUCAGCGGCCUUUUGUAUCUGCAUGCGCCAUUUCCAGUAACAGCCCCAUCCCAACCGGAGAAAGCCCUUCUGCAACUGAAUGCCACUGGCUAGAAAGCAACGCUAAGUCCACCGCUUCGCCCCAGCUCUCAGUGCUGGGGAACAGCAGGCCUACAGGAAAUUACCUUGUGUCCUCAGAAUUUUCAAGCCCCAUCCAGGACGGCUCGCUCUUGUCCCAUUUCCAAUCCCCAGGAUUGCAAGUCAUCUCUUUGAACAGCCGAGAGGAUUCGUCCUUAGGCCCGCAACAAGAACCUGCUGCCCAUCCCAGUGCCCGGGCCUACCUGAACUAUGGUGGGACCAGCAUAAGCAGUAGCCCACCACUGGAGGAGAAACAACCUGUUUUCAUGGCCAAUGCUAGCAGCUCUCCCAAAACUAUGAGCUCACCACUGGCAAGUACAGCGGACAAUGGCUUUUUGGCCCACAACUUGCUAACAAUGGCCUCUGGACACAAAAGCCAGAGCAGCACAAUUCAACAGCACCAUGGAAUGAACCUGCACCCACAGCCACCUCUUCCAGAGAAGAAGAGGACUUCUGAGGGAGACCGUUCUUUUGGCUCCAUCUCUCCUUCUUCAAGUGGCUUCUCCAGCCCUCAUAGUGGGAGCACGAUCAGCAUCCCGUUCCCAAAUGUCCUUCCAGACUUUUCAAAAGUUUUAAGCACUUCCCCUUUGCCAGAAAACUCAGGCGAUAAACACGUGACUGUAAAAUUUGUCCAAGAUACAUCCAAGUUCUGGUACAAGCCAGAUAUUUCAAGAGAACAAGCCAUUGCCGUUCUGAAGGACAAGGAACCAGGGUCAUUCAUUGUUCGAGACAGCCAUUCUUUCAGGGGAGCCUAUGGCCUGGCAAUGAAAGUUGCUACACCUCCUCCUUCAGUGCUGCAGUUAAACAAGAAAGUUGGGGAUUUGUCAAAUGAGCUUGUCAGGCAUUUUCUGAUUGAAUGCACCCAUAAGGGAGUGCGAUUGAAAGGAUGUCCCAACGAGCCAUAUUUUGGGAGUUUGACAGCUUUGGUGUAUCAACAUUCUAUUACUCCUCUGGCAUUACCCUGCAAACUACUCAUCCCAGACAGAGAUCCCUUGGAGGAGAUCGCAGAAACAGCUCCACAGACUGCUGCAAACUCGGCAGCAGAGCUCCUAAAGCAGGGUGCAGCAUGCAAUGUUUGGUAUCUGAACUCUGUGGAAAUGGAGUCCCUCACAGGCUAUCAGGCAGUGCAGAAAGCCCUGAGCAUAACACUGAUGCAAGAGCCUCCUCCCAUCUCUACUGUUGUCCAUUUCAAGGUGUCUGCUCAGGGGAUCACACUGACAGAUAAUCAAAGAAAACUCUUUUUCCGAAGACAUUAUCCAGUCAACACUGUUAUCUUCUGUGCUUUGGAUCCACAGGACAGAAAAUGGAUGAAAGAGGGACCUUCUGCAAAAGUGUUUGGAUUUGUUGCAAGGAAGCAAGGCAGCGCCACGGAUAACGUGUGCCACCUGUUUGCAGAGCACGAUCCAGAGCAACCUGCCAGUGCCAUUGUGAACUUUGUAUCAAAGGUCAUGAUUGGUUCCCAGAAGAAAAUCUGA